AUGAGCUUUGAGACCACAGCAAUCACUUUCUUCGUCAUUCUUCAAAUUUGCCUCAUUUUCAUCUUAAUUUUAUUGGCCAUUUUUUUGUAUAAAUGUUUCCAGAGCCAGGAUGAUGAAGAGACAGAAAAAGCACCUUGUACAGAUGGUAACGGAGGUGAAAACUGUCCGGCUGCAGCUGUGGUGACGGACAAUCCAAGACACCCAGAAAAGACUGUCCUCAUCCAAGUGGUGGGCGAGGAGGCACCCGUGCGGCCUGGCAUUCUGGUCCAGAGACGGGGUGAGGAAGUGAUGCACGUGCCCUUGGACCACAAGGAGGACGUGGAGGCAGAGGAGGACAAAACUCUAGAGAAGCAAGAUCCUGAGAUUGCUGGGGAAACUGACCAAGAGGGUGACGAUUUGACAAAAACUGAAAUUCCUGCAGGUGCUGAAAACCAAAAAAGACCUUUGAAAGGAGUGACUUUUUCGAGGGAGGUAAUUGUUGUGGAUCUCGGAAAGGAAUACCCUACACCUCAAAGCUAUGCUCGAGAGCAUAAAGAAAGAAAAUGA